CUCGGUGUCCGCUGCAGGGAGACAUGGCCGGGAUCCUGGCGUGGUUCUGGAACGAGAGGUUCUGGCUCCCUCAUAACGUAACCUGGGCUGAUUUGAAGAACACAGAUGAGGCGACGUUCCCGCAAGCAGAGGAUCUGUAUCUGGCGUGUCCUUUAGCUUUCUGCAUCUUCAUGAUACGGCUGGUGUUUGAAAGGUUCAUUGCAAGACCUUGUGCCAUGGGUCUAAAAAUCCAAGCCAACGGGCCCCAGAAGGCACAGCCGAACGCUAUCCUGGAGAAGGUUUUCACUGCUAUAACCAAGCAUCCAGAUGAGAAGAGGUUGGAGGGCCUGUCCAAGCAACUCGACUGGGAUGUGCGCACCAUCCAGCGUUGGUUCCGGCAGCGGCGCAACCAGGAGAAGCCGAGCACUCUCGCCAGAUUCUGCGAAAGCAUGUGGAGAUUUACAUUCUACUUGUACAUAUUUACGUAUGGAGUGCGUUUCCUUAAAAAGAUGCCCUGGUUGUGGAACACUAAAGAGUGCUGGUACAACUACCCUUACCAGCCGCUGACUGUGGACAUCCAUUAUUACUACAUACUGGAGCUGUCUUUCUACCUGUCAUUACUCUUUUCCCGAUUCACAGACAUCAGGAGGAAGGAUUUUCUGAUCAUGUUCGUGCACCAUGUGGUCACCAUCUCGCUCAUCAUAUUUUCCUACGUGAACAACAUGGCACGAGUGGGAACUCUGGUCAUGUGUCUACACGACGCAGCCGAUGUGCUGAUAGAGGCUGCCAAGAUGGCCAACUACGCCAAGUGUCAGAUACUGUGCAACCUCCUGUUUGCCAUGUUUGCAAUUCUCUUCAUAAGUUCCAGGCUGGGAGUUUACCCCGUCUGGAUUUUAAACACCACUUUGUUCGAGAGUUGGGAGAUUGUUGGCCCCUACCCGUCCUGGUGGGUCUUCAACCUUCUUCUACUUCUGCUGCAGCUUCUGCACUCGUUCUGGUCCUACCUCAUAGUGAAGACUGCAUGCAGAGCCAUCUCCAAAGGAAAAGUGGGAAAAUGGAAUCCUUUACAUGUGUCUAAAGACGACCGCAGCGACAUCGAGUGCAGCUCUGACGAGGAUGAAAGCCCCCCGCCCAGUCAGAAGCACCACAGCAACUCCAACGGAACCAACAAAAAUGGAACCAACGGUUACCUGACGGGAGCGUCGUAUCUCGACGAACACUGACUGAUGCUGCUCAAAUGGAGCCAUGCCACAGACACUUUUCAUCUGUGCGUGUGUGAGAGAGCGUGUAUGCGUGCGUGACUUUAAGUGUAAGGUGACGACACGAACAGCAUCCCCUCAUCAUCAUCUGUAAGUUCUUGAUAGAUUUAUGUGACCGCAUUUUAUUUUUGGUUCUUUAUACAAAUUUUGUUACACACACUAUAAACGUUUGCGUCAACAACACUCAUUAACGAAAUCUAAGCAGUUUUUUUUUUAGUACAACUCACUCUGUUUAGCCAAUGAAAGACAUUUCACGCUAUAAUUUAAGCAUGCUUUAUGAACCUACAGCAGCUUGGCAUCCUGCGGGGGGUGUAUUCUAUUACGUUUAUGACUUUCUGAGUUAUUUAAUUUGCACUGAGAUGUUUACAGACUGUAGUCAGGCAUUUCUUUUUCUUUUGUCAGUGUCAUAAUCCUAAACGACACAGCUGUGUUUUGCGUUUUCACAUAAAGCGUAGUAUAUUGAGUUGUAGAUUCACUUUUGUCGCUGCUCCCCCAAAGAUUUGCCAAAACAGUGAGAUUGUUGUCGCUCACAAAAUGGAUGUUAAUGUGAAGUUUACACACAUCUGGAAAUGCAAACCCUCUCCACUAAAACUGUAUAUGAG